AUGCAGCUCACCAGCGUUGUCCUCGGCGCCAGCCUGGCCUUGAUGGCCCACGCCGUUCCCUUCCACGAGCACUCCCACUCGCACCUCCACCACGCGCGCAACGCCGACAAGUUCCCGAUCCACAUCACCAACAACUGCGGCAGCGACAAGGAGUUUGCCCUCUACCAGAUCACCGGAGACUUCCAGAUGCUGCAGAUGUCCGCCGGCCGCAAGAUCUGCAACGGCGAGACGCACACCCUCCACGCGCCCUUCACUGGUCUUGGCCUGCGCCUCUCCGGCAAUGCAGACUGGCCCACUGGCGACCAGUGGAACCCGCAGGCCCUCGCCGAGUUCGGCUACAGCAGCUACGACGGCAUGGACGGCACCGCCUACAACCUCUCGUUCAUGGAGGGUGCGGCUGAGGACAUCGGCGUUUCCAUUACACCAGACAACAAGGAGUGCGGUCCCAAGUCGUGCACGUCGCCCUCGACCUGCGGGCUCAGCCAGGGCUGGACCAACCCCGAUCAGACCGCCGACGGCAGCCCGGCCGACACCGUGUGCUACCACGGCAAGACUGGCUUCAGCGUCGUGUGGUGCCCGUCGUCAUAG